GCCAUGGACGCUUCCGGAGAGCCUGGUGCAGUGGACUCUGUUUGUGGUGUUCUGAGUCACACGCGAAGUUGUGUCCCCUUACACUGUAAACAUAGUGACCCAUGCUGUGGUCUGCACCGCCACGGUCUGGUGCACUCCUCGGCGUGCUAAUCCUGCAUGCACACAACGAGCUGCGGUGACGCCGUGGCUGUGACGCCUCUUCGGGCGUGCUGCAGGGCCUAGGGGCGUGUGGAUCUCCCGCCGUCUCCUCAGGAGUGACGCACGGUGUCCUUGUCUGUCUGGGUGACGCUUAGGGAUAUCACCGAUCCCCCUCCGACGCCCCAAGGCCUGUGGCGGCACUCACGAGCAGAUAGCCAUGGCGCUCUGGCACGGGCGCGCGGCUCAGGUCCUGGCUUGCAUGUGGUGACCCAGCAACGCUCCCACCCCAACCUGACGCCCCAGAUGGUGUGCACCGCCCCCAGCUCCUGCAUUCUGGAACCCCUGAGGGACUGCGAGGAGCUGAACAGCGGCCUCCUCAGUGACCUCUCCGGAGAUUGGGAGCUUCUUCACUCCUUCGCAGGUUCCGUUAAGCUGUGUGUAUCAGCAGUACCGACCCAACCUGCACGCCGCCCGCCCCGUGCACCCGGAAACCUGAGGCGAAACAAUGUUUGUCAUGAUUCACGAGGCGAAGAAUAGCAGCACGCGUGGCAGCCAGUGUUGUUCUCCACAUAUGCUGUUUAGCACCUCGAAGGCAGCAGCGGAGCCCGCGUGGUGCAGGGGCUGGUGUGGCGAGUAGCGGUGUGGCGAGUAGCGGUGUGGCGAGUAGCGGUGUGGCGAGUAGCGGUGUGGCGUGCAGCGGUGUGGCGUGCAGCGGUGUGGCGUGCAGCGGUGUUGGUUGAAAAUCAUGGCUGGCUGCACCACCAUCAAGGAAUGGCAGUACAUCAUUCAUUCAUUUACCAUUUAUGUUCAUGUUCAUGUAUCGUCGUUGACAAUAGCUACUUUGCAGUCUGCCAUGCAACACACAAAUAGCGGAAAAAAUUUGGCCAAGCACAGAAAACUUUGCUAUAUACGUUUAUAUGAUGCAAAACAACCAAGCACCAUUACCUUAGAUUUUGGCAUAAAGCAAUACCAUAGUACCGCUCCUGCCCACACACACUCUUACGUGACACUGGGGUAUACAGUGAAGACAAAACAACAUGGUCACUUAAAUCCUCGCCAAGGCCGCCUUGCAUUAAUUGUUCUGCCACAAACAAGCAAGCUCUAUAUACCUGAGUAUACCACGCCGAGCCAACCCUCCCCUCGAGCACCACGCCAGCGGUUGUCCUUCUCUCUGUUCGGCCUGCAUUAAGGAACUCCUGCAUUUGCCACGUCAAUGACUCCGGGAAGCAGUGACGGAAAAGGAGAGCUUACAGCAGGCAGUGGUUCGCUUUCCUCAGUGGCGUAUAGGUCGGGCAGCCGGACAGCGCCGUCCCUCCCGCUGAGUCUUGACACGAAUGGGAUGAUUCAGCGAUGGCGGAGGCCCGCCUCCCGCACCUUCAGGCUAGCCGUGCUGCUGGCGGGCGUCGCUUCCCUGCUCUUGCUGCUUCUGCUGCUGUUGCAGCAGCAGCUGCUACCACUGUUGCCGCCGUUGCUAUCAACUUGUUCUUGGCCCCUUGUUAGCGACAACGGAGUACGGCAAAGCGGCGCGGGCGUGCCCUCGGCUCUGCUUUGGACAAUGAUGCGCUCCGGCUCCCGCCUGACGCAGCACCUGCUCGCUGCCCACCCGUGCACCUUCCUCACGGAGGAGCCGCUGCGGGGCCGCCUCAUUGAAGGCCUCAACGCUUCUCUCGGGGUGUUGCAGAACUUUUUGAGUUGCAGAAUCUCGGCGCACCCAGACCUGGUGACGCAGUGGAUCAACGGCUCCCACCUGAACGAUGACCGCGUGCGCGAGGCGUGCCGCGCCUACCCGGCACUGUGCUGGGACGGGGCGCUGCUGGAGGCUAUGUGCACGGCCUCCUGCUUCAGGCUGGUGCGGGUGGCGGCCCAGGGCCUCUCCGUGGCCUUGGCCCUUCUGCAAGACCACAGCUUUAAUACCCACGUCGUCCACCUGGUAAGGGACCCUCGGGGUAUGAUCUCCUCCAGACGGGACCUUCAGGGUGGCAGAUUUGAAAAGUUCUACGCUGACGGCAGAGGAGCGUUUUUCACCGAGGAGGAGAUGGACGUGGCGAUUCUGUGCCAGCGUUACCAGCACGACCUGGCCGUGGCCACGCACCUGACCCGCAAUAACCCCGACAGAUACACGCUGGUGCGGUACGAGGACCUCGCGCUCCGCCCCAGAGUGGAGUUGCGGCGCCUGUACGCCUUCCUUGGCCUGCCGUACACGGCCCGGGUGGCCACCACGGUCAGCAAGCACACCCUGGGGGUGUUCGCCGUGGAGUGGGACGAGCACCCGUACGCCACCAGAAAGAACUCCAACAAAAUCGUAUUCGCAUGGCGGCGUCGGCUGCCCUUCAGCGAGGUGGACAGGAUCCAGCAGGAGUGCGGCGACGUGCUGCGCGCCUACGGCUACAGGCACUUCACGCGGCGGCAGUACGAGGAGGGGCAGGACUCGCCCCUGAUGCCCCUGCCCCCGCCCUGGACCGCCAGCGGGCAUGGCCAUGGCGGCGACGACGGCGGCGACUGACAAGGGAGAGAGAGAGAGAGAGAGA